AAUGGUUGACACAAAAAUAGUUUUGAUAAAUAUUUGGAAACAAAACUAAUUCAAUUGUUAAAAUGGUUGAAACGUGAUAGUAAUGCCAUGAAUUCUUUUCGGUGAUUUAAAUUAAACUUAAACAUGUUACAUAAUUACAGAAAGUUAUAGUGGUAUAUCUUUCUUUGUCAUGAAAAUAGUUUUUCUAUAUUAUCGAUCGAUUACGAAAGACUAUUCAACUAUAUGUAUGUUAUUUUAUACAUAACAGCCGAUUUUAAUUUAACGAUAUCUUAUAUUAUAAUAGCUUUUACGCUAGUCCUCUGUAAGAAGUUAUUGUUUUCGGUUUGCUAACGUGGUAAACGAAUAUGUAUUUACAAACGCGCUUCGCAAUUAACGUACGGUUUUAUUAAAUGUAAAAAGAACGCUGUUUAAGGUGAGCUUUCAUCUAUUAAAUGAUGAGAUAACUUUACUGAAGUGUGCCUGGAAUUUACGUCCAUGUAUUGUUGUUCUUUCCUUUCACGGCUGGGCGUCGGGAUGGCGAGCAUGAGCUCCACGCUCGUCGAGACGGUGUCCAUCAACUAUGAGGAUUUUAACGAGAGCUUCCUCACUUGCGGCACUUGUUUAUGCACUUAUGAUGGAGGCGAGCACACCCCUAAGCUUUUGCCGUGUUCACAUACCGUCUGCUUGCACUGUCUCACUCGAAUAGCUGCCUCGCAAACUAGAGACGCUGGAAGCUUCAGAUGCCCGAUAUGUCGCGAAUUAAUCACCAUACCUCGUGGCGGAGUUGCAGCUCUACCUCCAUCGUUUCUCGUGAACCAGUUACUAGAUCUAAUGGCUAGGCAGAGAAGAGAAGUAAUACCCCAGUGCAGUUCACAUCCCGGUAGAGAGUUACUCUUCUGUGAGACUUGCGAUUGCGUUUUCUGUAGGCAUUGUGCAGACGGACCCCAUAGUGAUACUCCCUGUGAUCAUACCGUGGUGCCGUUUUCUAUAGCGUUAAAAAGAAUGUCCGAGAUAUUGUUAUAUAGAGCCAAUGAGUGCCUGAGUAAGCUCGGUUCGGCGAGGGACGCCGUAGCGAGUGAAUUGAGAAGAUUAGAGGCGGCGGCGACGGCAGCCGAUGAAGCGAUAGAUAGACACUUCGCGGAAUUGAGAGCCGCAUUAGAUAAACGUCACGGUGAACUUAAAUCGGCUGCAGCGGCUGCCGCUACACAUAAAAGGAAGCUGCUUGAAGAGCAAUUGAAAUUGAUCGAUGCUGAAAAAGCAAAAGUCGAAGCUGAAUGUUCGGGUCUUCAGCAGCAAGUUGAAGUGAGGGAAGUGAGCAGUCGGGCUGCGGCCCUGGGAGCCCGACUCGGGGACGCGGCUGCGCUCGCGGAGCCCAGGGAGAACGCAUUCCUAGCGGUGGACUUCGCGCACAACGACGCGCAGCAGAGAUUUGCCGAGGCUUUAGCGGAAUUGGGCAGAGUUAGAACGAGUACUACCUUCCCUGGUUUAUGCACUCUGCAGUUAGAGUCAGCGUGCGUGUGCGGGCUGGAGCUAGUGGUGGUGCUGCGCACGGUGGACUACCACGGCGAGGCGCGCAGCACGGGCGGCGACCCCGUCACCGCCGCCGCCAGCCUGGACGACGCGCCACUGCCCUGCACCGUCACCGACCUGGACUCCGGCCUCUACCGCAUCUCGAUGCGGCCGUGGGCGGCGGGCGCGGUGUCGGUGCGCGUGCUGGUGUUCUCGCGCGGCGUGCGCGACUCGCCGCUGCGCGCCAGCGUGCUGCCGGCCGCCGCGCCGCUGCGCGUGUGGGGCGCGCGGGGCUCGGGCAAGGAGCAGCUCAGCCAGCCCGUCGCCGUCGCCAGGUGUCCGAAGCGUCGCGAAAUUUAUAUUCUUGAUGCUGGAAAUUCAAGAGUGAAAGUAUUGGACGAUGAGACAUUUGCUUUCAAAACACAUAUUGUUAAUGACGGAUUGGCGGGACGAAGUUGUACAGGUAUAGCGGUAACGUCUGAAGGCGUCGUCGUGGUCAACUGGCGAACAAGAACACUCACAGAGAUCAACAGCUCGGGCGGCACCGUGCGCACCAUCCGCUCGGAGCGCCUCGUGGAGCCCGUGUGCGUCGCCGCGCACGCGCCGUCGCGCCGCCUCGCCGUCGCCGACAACGGCGCGCGCGCCGUCUUCGUGUUCGACACGCACGGGAACAUCGAGCGCGAGGUCGGUAGCGGCGACUUGGGUCUCGUGGGCGGGCUGGCGCUGACGGAGGACAUGAUCGUGGUGGCGGACGUCGCGGUUCGAGUAUACGACUCCGAAGGAAACUUGCAAGCCACCCUGGCGCCCAUACCCAAAGGUCGCGGAGGAUACGGCGGCAUAGCGCUGGAGUAUACGGACAGCGGCUGGCACAUCGUGUGCACGCGCUCCGUGCGCGGCCGGCCCGCGCUCGUGGUGCUGGAGGCGGGCGGCGCGGGCGGCGCGGGGGGCGCGGGGCGCGUGCUGGCCGCGUGCGAGCUGGCCGACCGCCGGCCGCGCCGCGUCGCCGGCCUCGCGCUGCUGCCCGAGCGCCGCGCGCUGCUCGCGGACCUCGCCGGCGACUGCCUGCGGCUGCACACCUACUGGUGA